AACAGCUCCUUUUUCUCUCUCUCUCUCUCUGGUUCAUCCUAUUGACUCCCUCUGCUCUCUCUCUCUCACAGAGACACCUAAUGGCUUCUCUUUUCAGAGACCUCUCGUUAGGCCAUUCUAAGAGAGAAUCAACUCCACCGCCUAUUCAACCACCGCCAACAAUGCCUUCUAAACUAACAACCUCCGAUCUCGAAUCUCCACUCGGCCAACUCUCCUCCCAGCUCACCGAUUCUGACCUGCGAGCCACCGCAUACGAGAUCUUUGUCGCCGUAUCCCGCACCUCUGCUGGCAAGCCCCUCACCUACAUCUCUAACACAUCCAACUCCGAUUUGUCGACUAACCAUCACUCACCUCACUCGCCUAACUCACCCGCGUUGCAGCGCUCUCUCACUUCUGCCGCUGCUAGUAAAAUGAAGAAGGCUUUUGGCUUGAAAUCGCCAGGCUCUGGUUCUAAGAAGAGCCCCGGUUCGGGACCAGGCUCGGGCCAGGGCAAAUCCAAGCGGCCUUUGACUGUUGGAGAGUUGAUGAGGAGCCAAAUGCGGGUUUCGGAGACUGUAGAUUCAAGGAUUAGGAGAGCUCUUGUGAGGGUUGCUGCUGGUCAGGUUGGAAGGCGAAUUGAGUCGGUUGUUCUACCACUGGAGCUAUUGCAGCAGCUUAAGCAUUCAGAUUUUACCGAUCAACAAGAAUAUGAAACAUGGCAGAAGAGAACUAUGAAAGUUCUUGAGGCUGGACUUCUUACACAUCCUCGUGUACCCCUUGAAAAGUCAAAUCCUACUUCACAACGGCUGCGGCAAAUUAUUAAUGGUGCUUUGGACAGGCCUAUAGAAACUGGAAAGAACAAUGAGUCGAUGCAAGUUCUCCGUAGUGCUGUUAUGUCUCUUGCCAGUAGAUCUGAUGGAUCUUUCUCUGAGAUUUGCCAUUGGGCUGAUGGGAUUCCAUUGAAUCUCCGCCUCUAUGAAAUGCUUUUAGAAGCUUGCUUUGAUGUUAAUGAUGAAACAUCUAUCAUCGAGGAAGUUGAUGAGCUUAUGGAACACAUAAAGAAGACUUGGACUGUCCUUGGAAUGAACCAAGUCCUCCAUAACGUCUGCUUUACAUGGGUUUUAUUCCACCGCUUUGUUGCAACUGGCCAAGUGGAAACAGACCUACUUGAUGCUGCUGAUGGUCAGCUGGCUGAAGUUGCUAAAGAUGCAAAGACAACAAAGGAUCCACAAUAUGCCAAAAUUUUGAGUUCUACAUUAAGUUCUAUAUUGGGUUGGGCAGAGAAAAGGCUUCUUGCAUAUCAUGACACGUUUGAUAAUGGAAAUAUUGAGACCAUGCAGAGUAUUGUUUCUCUUGGGGUGUCUGCAGCCAAGAUUUUGGUUGAGGAUAUAUCUAAUGAGUAUCGCAGAAAACGGAAAGGAGAUGUUGAUGUUGCUCGAAGUAGGAUUGACACCUACAUCAGGUCCUCACUGCGCACAGUUUUUGCUCAGAGAAUGGAGAAAGCAGACUCAAGCAGAAGAGCAUCCAAAAAUCAGUCUAAUCCUCUUCCUGUUCUGGCAAUCCUUGCGAAGGAUGUUGGUGAACUGGCACUUAAUGAGAAGCGAGUAUUUAGUCCAAUACUUAAGAGAUGGCACCCUUUUGCAGCAGGUGUGGCUGUGGCCACACUGCAUGCUUGCUAUGGAAAUGAGCUAAAACAGUUCAUAUCCGGCAUAACAGAAUUAACACCAGAUGCUGUACAAGUGCUGAGAGCUGCAGAUAAACUGGAGAAAGAUCUUGUGCAAAUUGCUGUAGAAGAUUCAGUGGAUAGUGAUGAUGGUGGAAAGGCAAUAAUCCGUGAAAUGCCUCCAUAUGAAGCUGAAGCUGCAAUUGCCAAUCUGGUAAAAGCAUGGAUCAAAGCAAGACUAGAUAGACUCAAGGAAUGGGUUGACAGAAAUUUGCAACAAGAGGUGUGGAAUCCAAAAGCGAAUAAAGAAGGAUUUGCUCCAUCUGCUGUUGAAGUCCUGCGAAUUAUUGAUGAAACUUUGGAUGCUUAUUUUCAGCUCCCAAUACCGAUGCAUCCAGCAUUGCUACCAGAUUUGAUGUCUGGCUUGGAUAGGUGUCUUCAAUAUUAUGCAAUCAAGGCAAAAUCGGGCUGUGGAUCACGGAACACUUACAUACCAACUAUGCCAGCAUUAACCAGAUGUACAACAGGAUCAAAGUUUCAAGGUGUAUGGAAAAAGAAAGAAAAGUCACCAAAUCCGCAGAAAAAGAAUUCUCAGGUUGCAACAAUAAAUGGGGAUAAUUCUUUUGGGAUACCCCAGUUGUGUGCGCGAAUAAACACAUUGCACCGAAUCCGAACGGAGUUGGAUGUUUUGGAGAAGAGGAUAAUAACUCAUCUAAGAAACUCCGAAUCAGCUCAUACCGAGGACUUUUCUAAUGGCUUGGCGAAGAAGUUUGAACUCACACCAUCUGCUUGUGUGGAGGGAGUUCAACAACUCAGUGAGGCACUGGCUUAUAAAAUUGUAUUUCAUGAUCUGAGUCAUGUUCUGUGGGAUGGUUUGUAUGUUGGGGAGCCAUCAUCUUCUAGAAUUGAGCCUUUUCUUCAGGAGCUUGAGCGGAACUUGAUCAUCAUAUCAGAUAGCAUGCAUGAAAGAGUUAGAACUAGGGUUGUUACUGACCUAAUGAGAGCUUCUUUUGAUGGAUUCUUGCUUGUUUUGCUUGCUGGAGGCCCGUCCCGUGCUUUCACCCGUCAAGAUUCUGAAAUAAUAGAGGAUGAUUUUAAAUCCCUUAAAGAUCUAUUUUAUGCCAAUGGGGAUGGCUUGCCUACUGAGUUGAUAGAUAAGUUUUCUGUUACAGUAAGAGGCAUUCUUCCCCUUUAUCGAACUGAUACGGAGAGUCUCAUCGAGCGAUUCAGACGUGUAACAUUGGAGGCAUAUGGUUCUUCUGCCAGGUCUAGACUUCCAUUACCUCCAACUUCAGGAGAGUGGAAUCCUACUGAGCCAAACACACUCCUUCGAGUGUUGUGUUACCGGAAUGAUGAAGCAGCUACAAAGUUCCUGAAGAAAACCUAUAAUUUGCCUAAGAAACUGUAAACAAAUUUGAGGAGCUGUGCAUGCUACUGAGGCUAGCCUCUUCUUUCAUCGGAAACUGCACAUGCAAAACAGUAUGCUACUAUAGUUGUAUUUAGCAAUGAUGAUCCAGACAAGUUUGUCCCCGUCAUAGUUGGGCAAGCUGGUUGAUGCCUCAGGUAAUUAGCAGUGAAUUUGUAUAGUACAUAACAAGUGUUUUGGCUAAGUAUUGCUUUUCAACAGGAUCCAGAAUUGGAAGCUUUACUUGAAGGAUGUAGGUGGAGAUCCAGUAUUAUUUAUUCAUUUUUUUUUUUUUUUGAAGUUUACUUGAUUCCUAUCUAUACCUCUCUCUAUUCUCUACCUAUAUUAUUUAAUAUUACCUUCUCAGGUUCUUUGUCCCCUAUUUUUUAAAUUCCUUUAUAUUGGGAUGUAUUUCUAUAUAGUAUAGCCACAUUGUGUCCAUUACAGUGCUGAUACAUUAUUUUGUUACCUUGUAUCAUAAGGCUGGCUUUUGUUGAUUGCAA